AAGAAGAUCAUCUGGCUCUCCGGCGAGUCCGGAUCCGGCAAGUCCGCUGUGGCCUACACGCUAGCGCAGGAACUCCACACCAGCGGCGUGCUUGCGGCGUCAUUUUUCUUCUCCCGUCGCCACCCCGCUCGCAGUACAUCCGACAGCUUUAUUCAUACGAUCUCAUAUCAGCUUGGUGUCCACCAUCCACUUGCCAAAGAGAUCAUCACUAAGGCGCUGGUCGAUGAUCCCUCUCUGCUUAAGCCGGAACGCUCGCGAAACGAGCAGUUUGUUCAGCUCGUCCUCGAGCCAUUGAGGGCGCUCAAAUUUGUUUGGAGGGAUGCGAAGAUGAUAGCUAUCAUGCUUUUUGAUGCACUCGAUGAGUGC